AUGAUGAUUGGGGAAGCAAUUGGAACUCUAAUAACAGUUGACCGAGCAACGGAAUUGGGAGCCAGGGGAAAAUAUGCUAGGGUUUGCGUGGAAGUAGAUCUAACUAAGCCCUUCUUAUCUCAGUUCAUGAUAGAAGGGGUGACAUAUCUGAUCCAAUACGAAGGGAUUGAAAAUAUAUAUAUGUGGCAAUUGCGGGAUGUAUGGAAAAAAAAAUACAACAAUGCCACUACCAACAUACUACGCCUAUGGGAGAGGAAUAGGAGGCGGAGAUGGUUCCUGCCACUCAACCGAGUGACCCUACUGAGGGAGAAGCGUAUGGGGAGUGGAUGA